CACACUUAAAAACCCGAUUGUUGCAGAAUUGGAGUAGGGAGAGAGAAGCGAAGGAGAGGAGAAGCAUCAAUGGUGACGGAGACGGACGAUAGCGACUCCUCCGGGAGAAUCAGAAUAGAAGAUGUUGUUGAUGAUGAUAUUGAUGAUGAUGCUGGUGAGAGUCUAGUAGAGGGCUUGGAUGAGAAGUUGAAUCAUCUCAAAAGGAAGAUUCAAGGGGAAAGAGUUAGGUCUAUUCAAGAGAGAUUUGAGGUUAAUAAAAAGAAAGUGGAUGUUCAUGUUACUACUCCCUUUUCGUCUAACGGAGGGGAUGAUAGCGAUGUGUUUUGUACGAGGAUGGGGAAACCGCUCUGCAAGUUAACUGGGUUUCCUCAUGGGGUGGCAGAGAGAGACUAUGUUCCUACUAAGGAUGUUUUAUCAGGGAGUGUCAGGCUUCCUAGUGCUGAGAGGAUACCUCCAUACACUACCUGGAUAUUCUUGGACAGAAAUCAAAGAAUGGUUGAAGAUCAGUCUGUGGUUGGUCGGAGACAGAUAUAUUACGAUCAACAUGGUGGGGAGACGCUGAUAUGUAGCGAUAGCGAAGAAGAACCUGAACCCGAGGAAGAAAAACGUGAAUAUUCUGAGGGUGAAGACUGCAUUAUAUGGUUGAUUGGGCAGGAGUAUGGCAUGGGUGAGGAAGUGCAGGAUGCUCUCUCCCAGUUCCUCAUCUUAGAUGCUUCGGAAAUUCUGGAAAGAUACAAUGAGCUAAAGUUGAAAAAUCAACAGAAUGUUGAGGCCUUCUCUGAUUCCGGAUUCAAGCUGGGGAUAUCUCUUGACAAGGGCCUUAGUGCUGCUCUAGAUUCUUUUGAUAAUCUUUUCUGCCGCCGUUGCUUGGUGUUUGACUGUCGUCUGCAUGGAUGUUCUCAGCCUUUGAUUAGUGCUAGUGAAAAACAGCCUUAUUGGUCUGAUUAUGAAGGUGAUAGGAACCCCUGCAGCAAACAUUGUUACCUCCAGGCGGUCAGAGAAGUACCCGGAGGAAGCAGUAGCUUUGCAUCUAAAACGGAGGAGAAAGCUUCAGAAGAGGGAUGCAGCAAGGCUGACUCCUUUGAUAACCCUCAUGAUCCUGCUGGUGGUGUGAAUCUGCCAGUUGAAAAGACUAAUACUGGUUCCAAUAACUUAGAUUCAUCCUCUGGUAUAGAGCAAGACAACAAAACUAGGGAAAAACGUGAGGCCACAAGACUAGAAGACUCCAGUGAUCUGCCUAAUUUAUCAAACAAGAAACAGAAGACUGCAGUCUUGGAUACAAAAAUGCCAUUGGUCAAUACUAUAUCUAGACUAGAGGGUGAUCAAGGUGGAAAAUCUGAAACAAGUGAAGUAAAUAGAGACUCAGGAGCUAGCUUAAAGGAAUUAGCUGAGUAUAUUCCAGAUAAAACAGUCCAUGAUGGUGGUUCCUCAUCUUUUAAGCCAGAACAUGGCAGUGGAAAGGGGACAAUGGUUAUUGCAGAAAUGUCUGAGACAAGUCAACCAUCUACAGAGUGGAAGCCUAUUGAGAAGGAUCUUUACUUGAAGGGAGUCGAAAUGUUUGGGAGAAACAGCUGUCUUAUUGCAAGAAACCUGCUUUCUGGAUUGAAAACAUGCCUAGAUGUCUCCAGUUACAUGCGUGAAAACGAAGUUUCAGUCAUUCGGAGGUCUAGCACUCCAAAUUUGCUGUUGGAUGAAGGCAGGACUGACCCAGGGAAUGAGGAUGAUGAGGUGCCUCCGAGGACGAGAUUGUUCCGUAGAAAAGGCAAAGCCCGGAAGCUGAAAUACUCUACAAAGUCAGCUGGUCAUCCAUCUGUCUGGAAAAGAAUAGCAGGUGGCAAAAACCAGUCAUGUAAGCAAUACACACCAUGUGGAUGCCUGUCAAUGUGCGGAAAGGACUGCCCUUGUCUAACUAAUGAAACUUGCUGCGAGAAAUACUGCGGGUGCUCGAAAAGUUGUAAAAACCGUUUCCGAGGAUGUCAUUGUGCAAAGAGUCAAUGCAGAAGCAGGCAGUGUCCGUGCUUUGCUGCUGGUAGAGAAUGUGAUCCAGAUGUUUGCAGAAAUUGCUGGGUUAGUUGUGGAGAUGGUUCUCUGGGAGAAGCACCAAGACGCGGAGAAGGCCAGUGUGGAAACAUGAGACUUCUCCUGAGGCAACAGCAGAGGAUCCUCUUGGGUAAGUCUGAUGUUGCUGGAUGGGGUGCGUUUCUAAAGAACUCGGUCAGCAAGAAUGAGUACCUCGGAGAAUACACUGGCGAAUUGAUCUCACACCGUGAGGCGGAUAAGCGUGGGAAAAUAUAUGACCGUGCAAAUUCAUCCUUCCUCUUUGACUUGAAUGACCAGUUCGUCCUCGAUGCUCAACGUAAAGGAGACAAGCUGAAGUUCGCCAAUCACUCAGCUAAACCCAAUUGCUACGCUAAGGUAAUGUUUGUGGCGGGAGAUCACAGGGUGGGAAUAUUUGCAAACGAAAGAAUAGAAGCGAGUGAGGAGCUGUUCUAUGACUACAGAUAUGGACCAGACCAAGCACCAGCUUGGGCUCGCAAACCUGAAGGCUCCUCCAAGAAAGAUGAUUCCUCCAUUACUCAUCGUCGACCCAGAAAGCACCAAUCUCAUUGAUUUUAAAGGUUACAAAAAUGAAUUUAGAAUAAAAAGAAGAGAGGCUAAAUGUUAAAAGAUCAUAUGUAAGAUAUGAUAUUGAAGUUUACCUUUUAUUUUCAAGUUGGAACUUUCAUCUAUUGUAUAGGGGAUUAUGAAUUAUUGGGGUCAGUAAGGAUAAUUAAAAGUGUCAAAUAGUGUUAUUUUUA